CAGCUAAAUUAAAAGAAAGCAAACCAGGCAUUUUGGGAACUGCUGAAAGGGGAACUGGAAUGUUUAACAAUUACUUCCUCAUAAGACAUGCCCACAAGAGAGAUGCUCUUUAGUCAUGGAGCUGCUCUCCUAAGGAUGAGGGGGAUCACUCUUUCCUCCUUCUGCUUACUGAUGCAUCUGCUUCAGGAGAACACAGCUACAAUUUUAGUUUUGGAAAACCGAGACCUGCAAGAUUCAAUUAAGCCACGGAAGGUAGAGUUUCGCUCAUUAAACUUCAACAACACGUUGCAUUGGCAGCCUGGGACAGCCAGAGAGGCAAGAGACACAGUCUACUUUGUGCAGUACAAAGUAUACGGACAGAGCACAUGGCAAAACAAACCUGACUGCUGGGGGAUUCAAAACCAUGUCUGUGACCUGACGAAUGAGACCUCUGACAUCCAAGAGCCUUACUAUGGCAGAGUGAAAGCUGCAUCGGCUGGCGUCUAUUCCAGCUGGAGCCUCAGCUGCAGAUUCACUCCCUGGAGAGAAACUGUGAUAGGACCUCCGACGCUAGCUGUGGUUCAUAGCAGCAAAUCCAUAAUACUAAAGCUCCAGGCUCCACGUUCUCCUUAUAAAAGAAAGAGAGGCAGCAAGAUACCAAUGACAAAUUAUUACGAUCUGUUAUAUCAAGUCUUCGUAAUUAACAACUUGCUAGACAAGCAACACAAGGUCCUGGUGUAUGAAGGAAAACACAAGGUUAUUAAGAUAGAAGAUUUGAGGCCCGGAGUCAGCUACUGCAUCAUGGCUAAAACAUACGUGCCAAUGCUGGACCGCAGCAGUGCCUACAGCAGCAAGCACUGCACCAUGCUGCAGUGACAAGACUGACAGCUCUGCGACAGAUACAGGGAUAACAGCAGAAGAUGCCUCCCAUCACAGAUCCAGUUGUAAAUCAACAUCUGUGGUCUAUGUCUGGAAUACAUACUUGGCUCCUUUUUAAACUAACCUUUGCUGCAUUAAAUGGUUUGAUUCAUUGCAAUCAUUUUAUGCUACACAAAGGCCAAGGAUUUUUUGUAUGAUGUCCUGUAUAAUUACAAUUUACACAGUGUACAUUUGCAUUUAAAAAGGAAACAGUCUUUCAAUAUUAAAAAAAAAUAUGCAAAAAGCAUUUGUGAAAGUAUUCUGAAGAUUGUUCCUAGGGAUUUUCUGUUCUAAGCCUUGGAGUUAAAAUACAAUUUAUAAAAUAGAAGUUUCAGAUCUUUUAUUUCUUCUAGAACAAAGGUUGCAACAAAAGAUUCAAAAAAGUGUCUUUUCUUUACAAUAAGAACUGUACGGUACAGGAGUACACCCGAUGCUCACAAUGUCUUCAUAGUGCCCUCAACAUAAUUGAUAGUGAAAUCAGUAUGUGAUAAAGCAGGAGCUCAUUUAAACUGAAACAGAAAAGAUCAUGGCUUUCGGUCAGUGACAGGCAGUUAAAGGGAAGAGACCUAUAUUUCAAACAUUUCCCAGUAAACGAUGAACUAAUGCUGACCAUCAUUUGUGAUUUCUGAUGAAUUUUCCUAUUAGUCUUCAUCUCACAAGGGAAAAGAUUUCUUGGGCAAGGUCUAGGUAGGCACCCACUAAGCCACACCAGGAUGGAGAGGUGAAGCGGCUUUUCCAGGUC